AUGGUUACCAAGACCUCCACGACCUCUAACGCACCAGCUGCUGAUACCCCAGCCAGUGUCUCUUCGGCUAGCGCCACCUCCACAGCGACGGCCUCCUCAACUGUUGUAGCCUCAACACCGUCCCCGACUCCCAGUGACUGCCUCAAGACUACGCCAUCGGGUGGGGCCUCUCCAUCUAGUGUGGAUGUAUCUCCCGAUGACUCGGUGUUGGCCUCGCACCCGCGCUUUUCUCGGGUUUCUCCUGUCGUCUUACAGAGUGUGAAAGCGAUUACCUACCGGAAGAGCUGCCUGAAACGCUCUACCCUAUCGGUUUUACCUCUCUCAACGGGGUCAGCAGAUGGAAAGCCCGCUAAAAAUGUAGCGGAGAUGACAGAAGUGAAGGUACAGGACAUGAAUACUUUUCAAAAGAAUCGCCGACGCUGUUGGCAGUGCAGGGCGAAAGUUGGCUUGACGGCUGUUAAGUGCCGCUGUGACUAUACGUUCUGCGGUAAACAUCGGUACGCAGAGGAGCAUAACUGCGCGUUUAAUUUUAAGACAGCGGGGAAGCGCAAACUGCAAGAAGAGAAUCCUGUUGUGGUUUCCCCAUCCAAGACAGUUUUGAAUUUGUGGGUCUUUUGGGCUGUUGCCUCUGCAUCGCUGCGUUGUCUGAUAGGAGCGAAUCGCAAUGCAAAUGUGCCAACAAAUGUGAGAAGCUACGAUGCAAAGUUCCGACUAGAAUUGCAAUUGACAUUUUUCGUAAAUUCGCGAUUUGUACUCAUACCGACCGCUUUGGCAGGUUUAUAG